CUCCCAGGGAGCAAGCGCCCGCCACUUCGUGCUCUGCACCCAGCCCGAAUUGGGGGUGUUUGAGCUCGCCGCCCCGGACAAGGCAAACGGGGUGCCGGCGUGUGCCAGGCAGCUGUCAGUGUGAUAAGAAGAGAACUCUGCACAUGUUCUGAGGCCUUCUGCUUUUGGUGUCAAACUUUGGGCAAUCAAAAACUGUUAUUCCCAUCAGUGCAUGAAAAGGCAUAAGGAUGAAACCCUUUUCAUGUCUGCUUCUGGCAACGCUCCUGAGAGCUGCAAUCUCACAAGAACCAGAGGAACCCGACACCUACACGGAAUGCACUGACGGCUAUCAGUGGGAUGCAGAGACACAGCACUGCAAAGAUGUGAAUGAGUGCGAGACGAUCCCCAAUGCCUGCAAAGGGGAAAUGAAAUGCAUCAACCAUUAUGGGGGGUACCUCUGCCUCCCCCGCUUAGCCACCGUUAUCAAUGAUGUGAAUUCUGAAAGAGCCUCCCCUCCCAGCCCUCCCCGACCGAGGCAUCCCUGGCCCCCACGGCUACACCCCGCCUCCCGACAGAACUCCUGCCCCCAGGGCUAUGAGCCAGAUGGACAAGGAUCCUGUUUGGACACAGACGAGUGUGAAUAUGAUCUGCAUGACUGUCAGCCCAGCCAGCAAUGCAUCAACACACCAGGCGGCUUCCACUGCCAGUGCCCAGAUGGCUACCGGAAAAUUGGCACAGAGUGUGUGGAUAUUGAUGAAUGUCGAUAUCGCUAUUGUCAGCACCGCUGUGUCAAUUCCCCAGGCUCUUUCUCCUGCCAGUGUGAACCAGGCUUCCAGCUGGCCAGUAACAACCGUUCCUGUGUGGAUGUGAAUGAAUGCGAGAUGGGUGCCCCUUGUGAGCAGCGCUGCUUCAACACAUAUGGCACGUUCAGUUGCCGGUGCAACCAGGGCUACGAACUGGACCACGAUGGCUUUACCUGCAAAGACAUCGACGAAUGUAGCUAUUCCACCUAUCUGUGCCAGUACCAGUGUGUGAAUGAGCCAGGGCAUUUUUCAUGCGCCUGCCCCCAAGGAUAUCAGCAACUGAGCACCCGUCUCUGCCAAGAUAUUAAUGAGUGUGAAACGGGAGCCCAUCAGUGCACAGAAUCCCAGAAUUGCAUCAACUUUCACGGUGGCUAUCGGUGUGUUGAAAAGAACCGCUGCCAGGAACCAUACGUGCAACUCUCUGAAAACCGCUGCCUCUGCCCGGCCACAAACCCCCUCUGCCGAGAUAAGCCGUCGUCUAUUGUCCAUAGAUAUAUGAGCAUCACAGCUGACCGAACGGUGCCCUCUGACAUCUUCCAGAUCCAAGCCACUAGUGUCUACCCUGGUGCUUACAACACUUUUCAGAUUCGCUCAGGAAGUGACCAGGGCGAAUUUUACAUCCGGCAAAUCAACAACAUAAGUGCCAUGCUGGUCUUGGCCCGGCCUGUGACGGGCCCCCGCGAAUUUGUGCUGGAUUUAGAGAUGAUAACCAUGAACACCCUGAUGAGCUACCGGUCCAGCUCGGUGCUGCGCCUGACCAUCUUUGUGGGAGCCCAUUCCUUCUAAUCAAGCUGAAAUGUCCCCUUGCCUGGCUGGGAGGGGAAAGAAAUAUGUGCCUGGACAGGGAAGAAAAUGGAGAGACCAGAAGGGGACUACUCAAGAGCCAGGGAGGGAUGCAGCAGCCUUGCCUCCCUCCCAGAACGAUCAAUAGCUGUGACCGGAUGAGGCCUCCAGCAGCCCCAGGUGUGACUUACAGUUCAGCUGCCCACCUUGGCAACACCGCCCAGACCCUCCACCGCCACUGAGUCACAACAGUGCCAGCAAUGAGCCUGUCUCCUGCUCCAGGGGAGGGGCGGGGGAGAGAGCCCACCCCCUGUAUCUUGGAGCAUGGAAAGGACUUUGGACCCUGUUGCAAAUCUUCAUUUGUUUUCUGGUUAAAACGAAAAAGACAAACAAAAAUUAGUAAAAGGUUUGAAAAGGAAA